GCCACGGGGGGUUGGUGGGCCCUGUGUGGGACCAGGACCGUGUCCCUUGCAGGUUGGUGGCUGGUGGCAGCGAGCAGGGCACAGCAACUGCCCCCACCCUCCCUGUCGCUGCACCCCAGCCAGGGGGUGUCCCUGGGGGACAAUGUCACCCUGCGCUGCCACCUGCCCCACGUGCGAGCCCAUGUCCAGCUCUGGUUGAAUGGAACUCUGAGAUCCGACAAGGAAAAAGACAAGGAGCAGGAUACAGCUGAGUUCUCCUUUGCUGUCACAAAGCUGGAAGAUGCGGGGACGUAUCAGUGUCGGUACCAGGUGUCAGAGCCACUGUGGACAUCAAAUAAGAGUGAGCCCGUGGAGCUGGUGCUGACAGGUGAGGGCACUAUGGACACCAGCUGGCCCUGAGCUUUUCCCACAAGGCCAAGUCCCAUCUCUUCUCCUCCCUGCACACAAACCGCAGCUUCCCCCAACUCAGCAUUUCCCUGAGCGCAGGGAAC